GUUCUGGUUUGGCAGGUAGGACGAUAUGGCCUCAACCAUUCUGAAUACCGAAAAUGCUCACUCAAAUGCUUCCAAUGCUUCUCAAUGCUUUCCAUGUAUUUGGCCGAACUCCGCAGCACUUGGCCCUGGAGAUAGAUUGACGAAGUUAUCCGAGACUGCACGAAGUAGGAUGCCAACAGGGGUUCUUGUGCGAUGGAAUAACGAGAAAGGUUUCGGAUUCAUUCAGCCCCAGGACAAUAGCGAGGAUGUCUUCUGUCAUGUCUCGGACCUCCAAGAUGGCGAGGGUAGCGUGCAGGAGGGGGACUAUGUGCUCUACAGCGAGAAGUGGGACAAUCGCAAGGGGAAGUACCGAGCAGCGGAAGUAGAGCUAAGUGCCCCUGGCGAGCUCGCUGAGAUCAGCGCCAUCCGGAGGAGGAGGAAAGAAACUCGCGACAGAGAAGGGCGCGACAGAGAAGGGCGAGACAGACAAGGACGAGACAAGAGUAGAGGACGCAGCAAUGAUCGUGGCGACCGCGAUCGGGAUCGUGCCAAAGGAGACUCCACUGCGACGAAGGGUCACGACGGCGACCGGGGAGAGCGCCGCCGCCGAAGCAAAAGCAAGGAGCGGAGUCGGAGCUCACGCCGCAAAAGGAGCCGCAGCUCCUCCAGCAAAUAGGUGACCAACUUGGAGUCGAUCGAUGGCUGGAUGCCCAAUGCUUUAGUAUGAAAAUGAA